AAAAUGAAACAUAAGGGGAGGGGGAGAGAUCCCGCCCGCAAUACUAUCAAAGCAGCCUUGCACAGAAGGAAGAUGAGGAAGGCCCCCAGAUCCCCAUAUUUGCAUCAAUUCACAUGCGAAAGCCCUGGCGCUCCCUCUCCUCCUCCCCCCCCCCCGCGUGCUGACUAGGAGAGAGCUGGUUAUUCUUGCAGCUCUUGUUGUCUUGGCAGAAGUUCAAUGAGCAGCAGGAGGAGGAAAGAGGAGAGGGGGGAGGAAGGGGAAGAGCCUAGCACGCAGGCGCUCCUGGGCACUGUCGAAGAAUCGAGUCACUGGAGCAGAGCGCACGAGCGGCGACGACUGUUUCUGGAGUCCCCGCCCCAGUGCGAGUGUCUGGGCAGCCGGCAGCCGGCGGGCAGCGCUGUAGUAGCGGGAGCGCGGUGCAGGCAGAGCGAGCAGCGCGCUGUAGUGAGGGUCUGAGGGUGCCGUUUUGGGGCGAUGCUUCUCGCCGCGUCCCUGUGAGUGACUAGCCAGGGAGACUAGGAGAGGCUGGCAGAAGGCAAAGGUUCCUCCCCACUCCCCUCGCCUUGGAGCUGCUCUUGUUUGCAAAAGGAGGUGACAAUCCGUGCAAGAGCCUGCAGGAGCUGCAAAGCACAGAGCCUCCCCGGUGGCUAGAAGAAUAGCAGUGGGAAGAGGAGGAAGGGGACGAGGCGCGGGGCGUUCGUUGCCCCUGGACUGGGCCAUGUCGUCCACGGCGGUGGCGGUGGCUGCUAACUCCCGCCGGCAGUCGUGCUACCUGUGCGACCUGCCCCGCAUGCCCUGGGCCAUGAUCUGGGAUUUCACCGAGCCUGUCUGCAGGGGCUGCGUCAACUACGAAGGGGCCGACCGGGUGGAGUUUGUCAUCGAGACGGCUCGUCAGCUCAAGCGGGCGCACAGUUUCCAGGAGGGCCGGGCUCCGCCGCCCCAUGCCAAGCAACAGCCCCCUCCGCUCAGCGCCAAGGAAAUGCACUCUGCAGCCGAGGCAGCCUCCCGCGCUCCGCCGCAGCCUCACGAGCGCUACUCUUUGGCAGCCACAGCCCCCUCUGAGAGGCCGCCGCCGCGUCUGGGACCCGAGUACGGAGGCGGCAGCAGGCAGGUCAAUGGCAUCCUGGUGCCCAACGGUUUUUCCAAGCCCGAGGAACCGCCUGAACUCAACCGCCAGAGCCCCAACCCGCGGCGGACGCACACUGUGGCUCCCACCCUGGUGCCCCUGAUAAACGGAGCUUCCCUGCCCGCCGCCAUCAGCAUCAAUAGUCGGGCGGCGGCGGCUGCAGCAGCCUCCUUGGCAGCCAUCUCGGGGGCACCAACCGCGCUGCAGGUGUCCGUCUCGCAAGCGCAGCAGAGCCAGCAGCAGCCCGGGGAAGUGGGGGGACACAAGCGGCCUGGCUCGGUGUCGUCUUCGUCGUCUAGUAGCGGUGUGAGCAGCGGCGGAGCCAGCGACCUGGAGGGCAAGGACAAGGGGCAGCAGCAGGCGCGGGGCUCGGCGGACAACCUGGAGCAGCUGGGUGUGGAGAGCAAGAGUCGGGGCGCGGCGGCGGCGGGGGGCUCGGAGCAGGAGUGGCUGGGCAAGCCCAAGACCGUGCGCGACACCCUGCUGGCCUUGCAGCACAGCGGCCACGCGGGGCCCUACGAGAGUAAGUUCAAGAAGGAGCCCGGCAUGGCGGGCGCGAGGCUGCUGGGUUACGACAGCAACGGAGCCGUGGCGAAACCAGGGGCACGGGCUGCACGGAAGAGAAAGCCUUCUCCAGAACCAGAAAGUGAAGCUGGACCUCCUAAAGUCAAUGGAGAGGCUCAGUCAUGGUUACCAACCUCAUCAGAAGGGAUGAAAAUGCCAAUGGCCGCUCCAUCUUUCAUGUCCCCACCACCUCCAACUGCUUCACCUCAUUCCAACCGGACCACGCCACCUGAGGCUGUCCAGAAUGGCCAGUCCCCUAUGGCUGCGCUCAUAUUAGUUGCAGACAAUGCUGGGGGUAACCAUGCUUCCAAAGAUGCCAACCAAGUUCACUCCACCACCAGGAGGAAUAGCACUAGCCCACCCUCUCCAUCCCCUAUGAACCAAAGGAGGCUGGGCAGGGAGGUGCCCAGUCAAGGGGCAAACAACGGAGGGAUGGAGCCAGUGCACCCGGCCAGCCUCCCAGACUCUUCUCUGGCAGCCAGUGUUCCCCUGUGCUGCACUCUGUGUCAUGAGCGCCUGGAAGACACCCACUUCGUGCAGUGCCCCUCAGUCCCAUCCCACAAGUUUUGCUUCCCUUGUUCCAGACAGAGCAUCAAACAGCAAGGAGCUAGUGGUGAGGUAUAUUGUCCCAGUGGGGAUAAGUGCCCUCUGGUGGGUUCCAAUGUCCCUUGGGCUUUCAUGCAGGGUGAGAUUGCAACCAUUCUUGCAGGAGAUGUGAAAGUGAAAAAAGAGAGAGACUCGUGACUUUUCUAGUUUCUCAAUGCAACAUCAACUUUAACGAAAACUGCUUGAAUUGUAUAUAUCUAUAAAUACCUAUAAAUAUCUAUAUAUAUAUUAUAUAUAUAUAUAUAUAUAUAUCUUCAAGACAAGGGAAAUGUAGACUUCAUAAAACAUGGCUGUAUAAUUUUGAUUUCUUUUUUUGAAUACAUUGUGUUUCUAUAUUUUUUGAAGACAAAAGGUAUGUACUUAAAAAACAUUUCCUUUUUUUUGUUAUAGCAACUAUUUGUUGUGCUUCCUUGGUGACAGUUACUGUUCAGUGUAGGCUGUGACUUGCGCUGCUUUUUUUAGAGAGCACUUGGCAACCCAGAAAUGCUUCUAGCUAUAUUUGUAUGCACUUGUUUUUGUUGGGUUUUUUUGUUUUUGUUUUUGUUUUAUUUUUUUUUUAAAUGCCAAAUACAUCUUCUGACAUUGUAAAGAUCGCCUUACUGUCUGUGAUUCCUUAUUUUUUGCCCUUAUUCAGUCAGGCUGGAGGCAUUCAGGUUUUAGAUAUAAUAUGGGGUUAAAAGUAUUCAUAGGAUUAAAGCAGGAAUGCCACUCAGACCAGCCCAAAGAUGAGGGGAGAGAGCUCAAGGGAUUUCACUUGGAAACUGUACCCUUGUUGCAGCUGCAAAAAUUGCCAGAUUCUUAGAGCAGUUGUUUCUAGAAGGAAGUUUCCUUCAGAGCAUUAUGCUAAGCAAGGCGCUGUUGCAUUAGGCAUUCUGGAGUUUGUUUUUUCUUAAAGGCAGAGUUGGCCACCUUUCAAGUAGUUGGUUGUAAGAUUGCAAAACUGCAUUUAUUCAUUGAUUACAUAAUGUUCCUCCAGAAUUUUGUGAUAAAUUUAAUUAUUGUUUAACUGGGCAUUGGUACAGACAGAGUAGCACUGCCAUCUUUUAAACAAAUCCGUACCUUUUCAGUGCCACUCAGCAUUGCCACUUGCCACUUCUUCCUAUUCAUGUGGAAAAGUCAUGAGGGUUUGAGUGUUGAUUUUUUAAAAAUAUAGUGCAGGUGGACUUUGAUCUCACACAACAGUUAACUAUGAUACUGUUGCUAUUGCUGACAUCAUGUUACCAGGUAGUGGCAGAUAAGUGUGGUAAUGACAACAGUGUAUGAGCUUUUGCCUGGCUUGCCUGUAUUGGCAGCAUAAAGGUGAAUGGAAAUUUCUGCCUGGAAAUUUCUGUGUUGGAGGGGAAACAUCUCUUACUUAAGUAAAACAACUUGGAAUUUACAUCAGUUGCAGUUCCACAUAGGCAUGCUUUGCCUUUUAGACUACUUUCAAGAAUUCUUUUAUAAAAUGACUAUUUUGAUCACACUUUUUUCGCAUCAGACAGCAGACGUUUUUAACUAAUAAAUCAUCAGUUACUAGAAAUAGUUAAGCUGUACUGUAGUGUUUUUGUGCUGUUGACAGUUGUGCUAGCAACACUGCUGUGCAACCCUUUGUAUCUAUGUGUUUAUAAUAUGGUCACAAACAACUGUUUGAAGCAGAAAGAUGGUUAUAUGGUCCCCAUCUCUGUUGCAAAUAACACUAUACAUUUUGAUGUUCAGAGAAUCUGUUCAACUAAGUUUAACAGUUUUGGAUUCUGUUUAGUCAGAUUGUUCUUCUGUGUUACUGUUCAGAGACUGCUAUUUAAUGCAGAAUAGAUAGGGGUUUUUUUUAAUGGUCAUGACAUUUGAAAAUCCAAACUGCACAUGCACAGUACCUUUUCUUUUUGAAGUGUUUUUAAUAAGCACACCCCAUUAGCAUUGUGUUCCAUAUUACAGGUCAGUGUAAUAUUAAAUAACAAGAUUUGCAUGGUAAACCAAUUCAAUACUCUAUAAAAUGAUAGAAAUACAUAUAGUCCAGACUGGUGUCUUAUGUAAACACAUGUUUAGACAGUUUGAGAGAAAAAACGCACAUAUAUACAACUGUAAAGGAUUCUUUGGAAUCACUAUAGUCUGUGGAAAUGUGUAUUUAGGCACUUUAUUAAAAACUGGAUUUUGAAUUGAUAGAUGGUAACAAGUUCUUAAGAAUCUCUUUGACAUAAUACCUCAUGUAUUAUACCAAUUUGUAUGGAGAAUUUGCAUUCUAGGUAAAACAAUAUCCCUUCUAAAAUUUUCCUGGAAAGCUCAUUGUGAUGUCUUGGCAUGUAGUUCAGAUUUGAGCUUCUUGAGUUCAGGUGGGAUGAUAGUAACUUUUUCUUGCUAAUGCUAUUCAGGCAUGUCAAGGUAUUGAGAGGCGUUUGAUCUGGAUCUCAAACAAAAACCCUUUUAUUUACACUUAUAUCCUGAAUAAGUGUGUUCAUAUACUGUAGCCCAGUGAGAUCACUGUAUGUUCUUUAAAGUAGUUUAAAUAGUGGGAAAGUUUAGGCCUUGUCAUACCACGUAAUGACACCUGGAACAAAUUUUCAACAUUCUCCAGUGAUUCAGUCAGCUCCUUCCAAACCUGUAAUAGUGACUGGUUCUAACACACAAUAUACAUUCGUAAUUCAGAAAUGUCAUAAGCUUUUUGCAUUUUGAUUGGGCCUAAUGUCAUUUUAGUUUGUUUCUUGAAGCAUUUAUGACAUCACUUCAGUGGAUCACUAUAUAUUUACUAUAUGUUUCCUUGGCUACAAACAUUUUUAAGUGCUUUAGCUGCAACAGUACUACCAUUAAUCUCUGAUAAUAGUGCAAACCUUGGCUCCAUUCCAGCCAAUGCAAAUUUAAUCAUUUGUUUCAAUGGAGUUGGGCUUACACCCUUACUUUUUUUGGAAGUUUUUAAUGGUGAUAAUUUGUAUAGCAAUAAAGCAAAAUGUUGUUUUAAUGGAGAGUGUGAUUCUUGGAAUCUCACCUUCAUUACACUUUUAAGUUACUUUUAUUGAAAUAUCACCUGCACUAUGCUUUUGUUGUUUAUAGUUGCUAAACUAACACAUUACUAUUUUUACUUAUUAUUUUUUAUCUUUUGCAUUAAAUAAAGUGAAAUUAGGAGCUUUAAA